UAUUUUGAAGGAACUUUUCCUCAACUCAGUUGUACUUAGUGUUUACAAUUAGUGAAUGUGUUUCGUGCGUAAAAAGCGCAUGUCCGGUCGGUUCUGCAUGUGUGGUGAUAAGCUAAGAAGAAAGCAACUGUAACCACUUACUUGCUGCGAGUUUUUCUUUUUCGGAAACCGCGUUUUCCACUGCACGUGUAUCUUCAGCAUACUCUGUACUUACUUGCAAUUUUUAAAUCUUAUUGGUCUGUUGCCCAAAAAUAAUAGUGUGCGUACAAAAUAAACUUUUUCUUCUUUGAUUUUCCUCUGCCUUCGGUUGCGGCUUGCGGAUCAUGGAAACAAGUUAUCUGGAGUGGUGGGGCAAGCGCAUCAACCUUCGAGAACUACAUCAGACAGCCAAGAAAUCGGAGCAUGUUUGUCAUGUGAAAUGUUGCAUCUUCCAAGCGAAAGAACAAGUGCAUUUGCCAUGCCAAGAAUCUCAUAUCCCACUCUACAGCAACUCGGUAGCUGCAUUCUUCAGCCACGUUCCGUUGAGAGCAAAGACUGUGGCUUUGCUUCUUCUCGUCCUCAUCUAA